AUUAUAAUACCCCUUGAGCCCUUGAUGUUUGUAUAUAUACAUGGUCACUAAAAUAGCAUAUUUCUAAAAUUAAUCUUUGUAUUAUAUUCCCUUAGAAUUUGAUUCAAAACUGUAAAAUGGCUGGGUUUUUUCUGAGGCCAAGUACUCGAGGGCAUGCUAGAUCAAUUAGCUUACCAGCAAGAUCACAUCCAACAACAAUCAAAAUCGAAGAAGAACUUAACAAGCUUCGAAAUCUUGAAGUUUCUUCUUCGGCUUCAUUAGAAGCUAAUAAGCUCAGCAUUUCCAUAUCUGGACUUGCAGAGCUCUAUAAAUCCAUAGGAGAUCUUCUUAAGCUACCCCAAACACAAAAAGGUUUAACUAAACACGAAGAUUCCUCAUGGGUGGAUGAGCUCUUAGAGGAAUCGGUAUCAUUCCUUGAUGUAUGUGAACAUACAAGGGAGAGUCUUUUUCUUUUAAGAGUAAGUAUAGGUAAGCUCCAAUCUAGCCUUAGGAGAAGGAAUAAUGGUGGAGAAGCAGACAUCGAUGAUGAUGUUACUAAGUACAUUUCCUUUGUAAAGAAUUUCAAGAGAGAAAUGAGUAAAUCACUUGUCUCUUUAAAACAUAUUGACAACAAAUUGUCAGAAUCUCUGUUGUUUAACAAGGUGAACAACGAUCAACACCUCGUUGCAGUUGUUCGAGUCUUAAGAGAAACGAGCUUGAUAUGUAGCAAUGUGUUCAGAUCAAUUUUGGUUUACUUUUCUGGUACGGCUUUGCAGCCUAAGGCUAGCAAGUGGUCAUUAGUAUUUAAAAUUGUGCAUAACAAAGGUCAUGUAGGAGACGACCUUAAUGAUUUGGAGGAUGCAGAAAUCGCGUUAAACUGUUUGAUUGUUCGAAAAUUGAGCAGAGAAGGUACAGGGAUGAUGAUUCAAUUAGCAUGUAAAAAACUUCUAGCACUUGACACACGAACUGAAGAAAUUGAGAAGGAUCUCGAAUGUUUAUUUAGGCAAAUGAUACACGCACGAGUUUCUCUAUUGAACAUACUUUCGGAUCAUUGAUCUCAUCAUUUACUUUUAUCAAUUUCUCUCAAGGAUGAGUUCAUUUAACAGUAUCCAAAUUUUGGAGGAUCUGUUAUAGGAUUGUGUUUAUUUUCCUUCAACUUACUUUCUAGAUGAUUAUGUACAUAGUAUUCAACUUUUUACAAAGGGAAAAUACAUAAAAAUACCCUUUGUAUUUUUAUCAUUGACUCAAUUGUUCUAUGUAAACUUUUGUGGUAUUGCAUUGCAUAGUAAUAUUCAUGUACUAGACCAUUGUCUAAAUAAUCUAUUCAACACUUUCAACCAUAUUCUUAC